ACCUAUCGUUGAUACAAAUUAUAGUAGAUCCCUCUAUAAAAUUAGCUCAGUCUAGGCUAGGUCAAAAUUGAUAAAAAUGGCAUCUCAAGCUGCGACUGUUGUUCGCCAAGUGAAACCAGUUUUAUCUGUUAACAGAGAAGAUGCACGUCGAAAAGUGUUGAAAUUGUAUAAAGGAUGGAUUCGUCAGGUGCCAACUAUGUUGCUAAGCUACGAUAUUCCCAAGAGUGAAAGAGAGUGUAAGCAAAAGAUACGUGAAGAGUUCAAACGUCAUGCUCAUGUGACUGACUUAAGGCUUUUAGAUCAUCUUAUUAUAAGGGGUCAAAUGGAAUUACAAGAAGUAGCUAAUGUUUGGAAACCUAAAGGAGGUCUUAUGUAUUAUUGGAAGGAAACGUGGGAAAAAAAACCAACCGAUUUCAUGUCAAAAUUUCUUAGUGGUCAAGAUUAAUUUACUCUGCCAUUAAUUCGUAAAAUGCAUCUUUGGCAUUAUAGAAAUGUGAUUGCAAUAAAACUUAUGUAUAUAUAA